ACAUCCAUUAUAUAAAUGUACAAACAUGGGCAUAUAACAAAGAAAAUAGUUACUUGCAAGAAAUGCAAGGAUAAUAAUAAUAAUAAUAAUAAUGAUAAACAAAGAAUUUUUCCAUAGAAUUCACCCACAACACAAACUAAAACUAGAGUAUACCAAUAUUCCAUUCAACUGCGAUGGAUGCAAGGGAGCCGGAAUUGGCUUCAAAUACAAAUGCAACGACGUCGUUUGUGAGUUCAACCUUCAUAAGAGUUGUGCAUUAGCACCUUCAACCCUAAACCACUCAUUUUACAAGAAAUGCCAUUUCCAACUCCACAACCUUCCCCCAGGCCCGAUCUUAAGGCUAUGUGACGCGUGUCACAGGGAAGUUGAAGGGUUUGUAUACCAUUGUAAGAAAUGUGGGUUCGAUCUUCAUCCUUGUUGUGUAAGUUUACCUGAUCAAGUAGUGUUGAAUGAUGAGAAACAUGAUUAUCUUUACUUGCGUAACAAGUUAUCGAGGGCGUGCCAUUGUUGUGGUAGGAAAGGGAAAGGUUGGGCUUAUGUUUCUGGGUGCAAGAUGUAUAAUCUUCAUGUAUCCUGUGUUAAGAAGUUGCUUGUUGAGAGUUGGGAGGCUAAAUACUUGAAUGUAGAUGACAAGUACAAGGUAAUUAGUGACUUGGGGACAACUAGGAUAUGUAGUCUUAAGGGGAGUUUUAGACAUUCUCAUGGUGUUAAAUUAGGCGGUGGCGGUGGUGGUGGUGGUGGUGGUGGAGGAGGAGGAUUGAGCAAGUGUUGUGAGAUUGCCGGGAGUGCUGUUAAUAUUAUUGUGUCUGCAAUCUUGGGUGAUCCUACAGCUAUUGUAGCUGGGGUUAUUGGGGGAUUCAUCUUGAAAUAAACGGCUUUCUAAGGAAAUUGAGAUCGAGUAUUAAGGGACGAAUGGAAUAUUGUAUAAAUUGUGUAUUAAUUGUAUAAAUUGUGUCUUAAUAUGUAUUAAUAGAAUCAUUGUGAUCACAGGGAUGGAAGGAGGGUCUUCAACCACUAGGUCAGACUUGAUUCUCUUAGUAUAAUUAAAUAAGUUAAUUGUAGAAGUUGUGCAGCUUUGUCACACUUUUACAAGAAAUGACAGAAUAAGAGGGUGUAUUUCAUAUCA